AUCGGAAUACCCUUAUGAAGACUUUUCAGAAGACUCUUCUGAAGAAUCGUUGGAAUACCCUUAUGAAGACUUUUCAGAAGACUCUUCUGAAGAAUCGUCGGAAUACCCUUAUAAAGACCCUUCUAAAUACUUUUAUCAAGUAUUUUCUAAUUAUGAAAACUCUUAUGAAGAGGAUCUUGAUUUUUAUCAAAUAGAAACAGGCUUAACCGAAGCUGUUCAAACAGGUCUAGGCCAAGUCAACGGUAUUACUGUAGCAAUAGGGGUUAUGGAUUUUAAGUUUAUGGGGGGUAGUAUGGGAUCCGUAGUCGGAGAGAAAAUAACCCGUUUAAUUGAGUACGCUACAGAAAAUUUUUUGCCUCUGAUUAUAGUGUCGGCGUCCGGGGUGUGCGCGAAUGCAAGAAGGAAGUUUAAGUUUGAUGCAAAUGGCUAAAAUAUCAUCUGCUUUAUACAAUUAUCAAUCGAAGAAAAGAUUAUUUUAUAUAUCAAUCCUUACAUCUCCUACAGCUGGUGGAGUAACAGCGAGUUUCGG